AUGUACUACUGUGCCUCAAGACCGUCAGGGCCAUUAACAACCUCUCCCAGCGCGGAUGGAGAGAGUGGAUCGUGGCGGGCCCGGUUCACUCAGCAGCCCUGGAGGCCAGAGUAUAAAGGUCAGGCUAAUUUGCACAUUUUUGAAGACUGGUGUGGAAGCUCCACUCUGCACCUGCGCAAGAAUCUCCACUAUCCCCUCUAUCCUCACUCACGAACAACGGUGAAAAAACUGGCUGUGGCGCCCAGGUGGACCAACUAUGGCCUGAGGAUCUUCGGCUACCUCCACCCCUACAUGGACGGGGAGUACCUGUUCGCUGUGGCCUCAGAUGACAACUCCGAGUUCUGGCUGAGUCUGGAUGACAGUCCCCUCAACCUGCGACUGCUGGCACUGCUGGGAAAGACGGGCGCAGAAUGGGCAGCCCCAGGGGAAUUUGGGAAAUACGCCAGUCAGACAUCCCAGCCAGUCCAGCUAAGCUCAAAAAAGCGCUAUUACUUCGAGGUCAUCCACAAGCAGAACGACAGAGGCACGGACCACGUGGAAGUGGCGUGGCGGCUUGUCCAUGACAGUCAUCGGUUCACGGUCGUCGGUUCCAAAUACAUCUCCCUCUACACGAACGAGUCGGCCCUGACGAUGAGUGAGGUCUCUCACAUCCCUCAGACAGCUGCCAGUCAUGCAGAACCCCUCAGAGAGAGCCCCGGGACCCCUCCUCAUGGGGCGGACAUGCUGAAGGCAGACCCCCGGGACACGUCCUACCGCAUUCCGCUUGUGGACGAGGCGACUUUGCGCAACGUCCUGCCCGACUGCGCCUACAAGCCCAGCUACACCAUUAAGGGCGUCCCGCUGCUGCGCUACCAGGGCCUGCAGUUUGUCCACAUGUCCUACAUCUACCCUAAUGACUACACACGGUUAACCCACAUGGAGAAUGACAACAAGUGCUUCUACCAAGAGAAUCAGCUUUACAUAGACAGGUUUGGGUUUUUCAAAUACAUGAAGAUGGAUGCCCCAGAAAAUCAAGCAUUUGACAGGGACGGUAGAUCCUGGAACAAGCAAGAUGUGGGCUUAAAGGAGAACAUGUCUUUUGAUGAGAUCUUCCAGUACGAGGAUUCAGUGAAAGAGCCAAAACCGGUGAAGGGAGAAGGGGAGACCACAAGGAGGUCCAAUGGCCUGCCCGACUACGGCGAUGACUACGACGACUACACCUUCAAACGGAAGAGGAAGCUCUUUGCUGUGGACCUGACCAGCAGGACAAGGAGCAAGAGGAAGAAGGCAAAAGCCAAUGAGCCAGACCAUCAGGCAUUGCUGGAGCAGCAGCCUGAUGCGCGCCAAAAGGAAGAUCCACCAAUCACAGUACAGAGCAGUGAAAAACCUAGCACGGGAAAGAGAGCUGAUCCAAUAGCGGGGUCCAAACUUGUUGAGCCCCGCCUCCUCUAUCAGGAGAGGAAUUCAUCUGGACCUGUGGGGGCCAUGAAGUCAAAGGGAGCGCCUGGAAGGAACACUAGUCGGUCAGAGCGCCCCCUGGUGGCUGUUGCAGAAGAGGCAACUUUGGAAAAGCCAAAUGGCUUCCAAAACGCAACGUUGCAUUCCAUUGCGACCCCAGCUCCAAUGCCCCUCCGAAAGUUAAAAGUCCCAGUCCUGCAGGGGGAUCGCUUGAAGCUGCACUCGGGGGCAAAGAUAACUACCCCUCAGGUGGGCAAAAAGGCCACCACUGCCAAGCGCAGCCAUUGGACAGCUAAGUGGGAGCAGGGUCUCCAGGGAAACAAGGUCAAGGUGAGAGUGGCCCCAAAGGCAGACGUCACUCCCACAGCUCGGAGCAUGGGGGGAGUAGAGGAGCCCUGGGGGGCGGACGCACUGCCCACCAUUGCGCCCGAGGCCGGCGGUGACGCUUUGUGGCCUCUGGAGGAGAAUUCGGAGGACGACGAGGACAGCCAGGGGGCGGACGAGGUCACCAACCCACCUGUCUUCGACCAGGCCGUGAACUGGGAGCAGACGUUCGACGUGGAGCCGCUGGACUUCCACGCGCUGCGCUCGGACUGGAUCGACCUCAACUGCAACGUGUCGGGCAACCUGCAGCUGAGCCCCGCCGACGCAGUGGCCGUGGUGGAGGGCUUCGUGAGGAAACUGCACCAGAAGCACCCGGGGCGUUUCUCCCUGCUGCGGGUGCUGAACGUGGAGAAGCGGCUGGACGGGUCCCAGGGCAGCCGCUACCUGCUGGAGCUGGAGCUGCGGGAGCUGGGCGGGGCCGGGGGCCGGGUCCGCCUGUCCCACUACAUCUAUGCGCUCCAGCGCCACGGUUCCUCCCGACCCGUGGGCCUGCAGGUGCACCGAAAGGCUCCCUGGGAGCAGGCCGUCCCGCAGGAGCCUCUGCUUUGCAACCCGCUGGGCUUCUCCUGGAACCCCUCCGCCACCGUCCACUUCAUCGUGCCAGUGAAGAACCAGGCCCGAUGGGUCAAGCAGUUCAUUGUGGACAUGGAGCAGCUGUACAAAGACACUGGUGACAGGAACUUCAACAUCAUCAUCACUGACUACAGCAGCACAGACAUGGAUGUGGAGCAGGCGCUCAGGACCUCGGCUUUGCCCAGGUACCAGUACGUGAAACUGAGUGGGAACUUCGAGCGGUCAGCGGGCCUCCAAGCUGGGAUCGACCGCAUCGCUGACGACCACAGCAUCGUGUUUCUGUGCGACCUGCACAUCCACUUCCCCAUGUCCAUCAUAGACAGCAUCCGCAAGCACUGUGUGGAAGGCAAGAUGGCCUUUGCCCCCAUCGUUAUGAGACUGAACUGCGGAGCCACGCCACAGGAGCCCAACGGUUUCUGGGAAGUCAACGGCUUCGGCCUGCUGGGGAUCUACAAGUCUGACCUGGACGCUGCCGGCGGGAUGAACACCAAGGAUUUCAAGGACCGCUGGGGCGGGGAAGACUGGGAGCUGCUGGACAGAAUUCUCCAGGCCGGCCUUGAAGUGGAGCGGAUUCACCUCAGGAACUUCAUGCACCACUACCACUCCAAACGAGGCAUGUGGAACAGGCAGUCCCUCAAAUCCACAUAACUCUGGAAAUGGAAAGAGUCUUGUGGCACCAUUGUCUCGGUCACAUGGCCUCCCUCCUGGCACCGUUGACAGAGAUGGGUAUAUGAGAGAAGGUGGGGCAGAAGGGUCUCUGAACUCUGGGAAGAGGGGAGGACCCUGCUAUUCGAUCUUCUGACAGUCUGGUGUGAGAUUUACUGACCAUAACGACACAUGGGCCUUCGCAUCCAUCAGAAACCCACUUUCACAUCAGCAACAAGUCAAGAGCUGUGGAAGAUCGGUUAAAUACAACAAUAAGCCCACUGCUAGGGUUUUUAAGCUCACACCACAGAACUGUGGUGAUUGUCAUACUGACAAAAGAUGUGGGAAAACCCAUGACAAGCUUUUUAAUUUUUUUUAUUGAAGCCCCUUGUGAAUUUGCACAUGCUCUGACACAGUCAGGUAUUUUUGUGGUUUUAUUUUGAGGGGUUUCAGAUCAGUGUUGAAAGUGUAGGCAAGCCACUCACUGUCAGACAACUGUUAUAAUGGAAGAAGCAGUGAACCUGACAGAGAACCAGGGGCUGUUUUAUCCCACAUGCGGUAUGAAGUGGAGGAUAGUGAUUGGUUGAAAUAUUUCAAAUAUUGCACGUGUCUAAAA